AUGUCACGUUCAGUCCACCGACCCCGGGAGUCUCGACUUGUGGCUCGGGUCCAGGAAGACGGAACGGCCAUGCCGGCGAUUGACAAGCUGAAGAACGCCAUCAUGAACGAGACCUUGGAGGCCCACUACAAGCUGGACAAGCGGCUGGAGGCCUAUCUGGAGCAUGCAGACCUCGCGAAUGAGCUAUGCAAAGAGACCGUGGUGAAGGAAGUUCUGAAGCACCGGAUUGCCACCUACUUCUUCGUGGUCACGGGAUAUCACCGUCAUGUGGGCUUCGUCGGUGACUACUACUCUGAUCCCAGCUUGGCCUCGAUGUCCUGGAAGAGCGGCGAGCCCUUCGGCAGGCCACGGCAGCACAUGAUCAUGUCGGUGGUGAACGUCUUUACGUCCAUGCAGCAGCCGCUCCUGAAGGAGGACUACACGCACCUCUUCAAGGGCACAGACCAUGAGGCGGAGCUGACCAAAGCCUGGAAGAACUUCCAAGGCUACCUCCAGGAGGUGGAAGAGGAGAUCGACAGGAGGAACGAGAAGCGAAGAAUUAAGAACAUCAACAUGUCUCCAAAGGUGGUGGAGAGCGCAGUGUCGAAGUAG